AUGCAGAACUUGAGUAAGGAACUCAGGCAAUCGUGGGACGCAGAUGCGCCACAGUCCAUGAACGCGGAUGUGCAGGAUGUUCCGCCUCUGGAUUGGGUUCUGGCGGCGCAGGUGAAGAUGCAGAUGGCAGGCUGCUUCGUCUGGGUCGUCACGAACGAAUUCCAGCGAGCUCCCUGUAGUUGGCAGGCCGACCACGAGAGCGAGGAGCCGCGCGGGCUUGCCCCACUGCGACCAUCAGUGCUUGUCGAUGGUAUGUCGUGCAAGCAGGUGUUAGGAAGACCGGGACGGCGAGACAAGGCAUCAGCCACUUGA